AUGUGUGCAUCUUUAUAUGAUGAAGAUGAAUUAGAUGGAAAAGAAAUAAGUAAAACAACUGUUGAUCAACCACAACAGCCAUGGGGAGACAGUAUUCGUUUGUUACAAGCACAACUUCAUACAAAAAAAUUACAACAACAACAUCAGACAAAAAAAGAAUUAAAAGGUGGUGGAACAGUGGCACCUGUGGCCGAUCUAAGAAAACGUCGAAUGCCACGUUUUGGACCAGGUGCAGAAGUUUCAUUCAAUAGUAUGACAGGAAAGAUGGAAUUGCAUGAUCCGAAUUUAUCGGAAAAUCCUUUAAAACCCAACGAUUAUGAAAAACUAAAAGAACAAAAACGUCGUCAGCAACAGCGUGAACGUGAUGGAGAAAAACGGCAGCACGAUGAAGAAGAACGUCGAUUAGAUUUUGAAACAGAAAAGGAACAUAAUCAAGAGGUGGAAGAAAGAUCUAAAAAAGGGGCUACCUUUGCACCGCCACCAUCAUUAAUCGAAGAAGAUAAACGUUCAAGUAUAGAAGCGUCUUUACACGAUGUCAUUCCACCAUAUCCAAGUUCGAAGGAUCGUGUUGAACAUAUGGAUACAAGUCCUAUGUCAUCAACAACUUUCUCGAAUCAAACAACAUUACUCCCUCCAUCCUUACCGCCUCCGUCUUCAGUCAAUCCAUUUGGCGCUAGUGCAGCAGCAAAGAUAAUGGCUAAAAUGGGAUAUAAAGAGGGUCAAGGACUCGGCAAGUCUCAACAAGGAAUGAGUCAAGCAUUAGUUGUUGAAAAAACGUCGAAACGAGGAGGAAAAAUUUUACAUGAAAAAGAGCUACCUCUAAAACAAGAUAGCAUACCACCAAAAACUGAUUCUGGUGUGAAUAUGACUGAUGUAAUGAAAAAUCGUUCGAAAGUUGUUUUGCUGAGAAAUAUGGUGGGUGGUGGAGAAGUUGACGAACUUUUAGAAGGUGAAACGAAAGAAGAAUGUCAAAAAUAUGGUGAAGUAGAAAAAGUUGUUAUUUUCGAGAUUCCUGACUCAGUGGAUGAAGAAGCUGUUCGAAUAUUUAUAGAAUUCAAACGAGUAGAAUCAGCUGUCAAAGAAAUAAUGGUUACUGUACAACCUUUCUCAAUGGAUGAUGAUGAUAAUACAGUUCAUUUAGACGAUGAUGAUUUCAACGAUGAUAUUGAGAUUAGUAGACAAAAUGAUGGAUAUACAUCUUUAAAGAACAAUGACUGGAUCAAUGAAUUACGUCAGGCAUUAGACCGUGGCUGUGAUUUAGGAUCCAUAAGAAAUAUCGGAAAAUGUCGUCCACUUAAUAAUGAGUUAAGAUUACGAGUAUGGCAGACAUGUCUUGAUAUUAAUUCGAACAGUGAUAAAUAUAAAUAUAUCAAUGAAGUUUUUGAUCUUCCAGAACAAAAUAUCAUACGUGAAGAUGUUUUGAGAUUAGUGCAAUCGUUGAAUUCGGAUGAUCCGGAUGCUGCAUCAAAAAUAAGUGAUGUCGAAGCUGUUAUAACAGCUUAUUGUAAACAAUACAAAGAAACAUAUGAAAGAAGCAACGGUUGGAUUGAAUUAUUCAAACCUCUAUUAGUAGUGGAAUAUAGUGAUCGUUCUGAAUUGUAUGAAUUAUUUGUUGCUAUUCUCAAUCGCUAUAUACCACGAGAUUGUGAAACCGAUGGAAUGCCGUAUCAUCUUUUUCGCUUGUUACUAUUGUAUCAUGAUCCAGAAUUAUGCAGUUUUUUGGAUACUAAAAAAGUGACACCUGAUCUUUAUGCACACGCUUGGAUACGAAGUUUAUUUGCAGCUAAUUGUUCAUUGGAUGUCACAUUGGAUCUAUGGGAUGGUUAUUUUCAACAAGCUGAUCAAUUUUUUGCUUUUUUUUUGGCACUAGUUUUAUUAAUGUUUGCAAAAGAGCAUUUAUUCAAAAUGAGUGGAGCUGAUAAAAGUGAAAUUAUUAAAUUUUUAUCACAAGCAGCAUCAAAUUUAAGUGCAAAUGACUUAGAAGAUUUUUGUUCAUUAGCAAAUCAUUAUGCAUCAAAUACUCCACAAUCAUUUCGAAAAGAAUUUUAUUCAUGUUUAUUCAAUGAUUCAGACCGUACUUUUUCACAAAAAGCCUGUUCCAUAUAUCAGGCAUUAUGUUUACCUGUAUCCGUACAAGAAUUAUUACAAGCUAAUCAACUUGGAGGCGCAACUGCCGGUGUUAGAUAUUUCGUUGUGGAUUGUAGACCAGCCGAUCACUAUAAUUAUAGACAUUUAUACACAGCAUUUCAUCUUGAUCCAAAUCUUUUAUUAGAAGAUCCAAAAGAAUUUAGUGGUACAGUUGAUGCUCUAUUUGCUACACAAAAACAUUCAAUUGAAGCAGAUUCGUCGGCCGGUGGAGAACAUUUAUGUUUUAUGGGUUCUGGUCAUGAAGAAGAAGACAAAUAUGUAAGAAUGGUCGUUGCACAUUUUCUUCAACGGAAUACAAAAUAUGUUAGUAUAGCCCAUGGUGGCUACAAAAUGCUUGCACGAGUUAUUGAAGAUCCAUCAAUGUUAACUCACGCUCAACAAAACAAUUCAACAUCGAACGAAUCAUCAAUAUCAGAUUCGAAUAUAAAUGCAUGGCUUAAUUCAGUACAUAAACAAAAUUCAAUAGAAAAAUUAGCCGUUUUAAAUAAUCAGACAAUAUCUUUGAUAAAUAUAAUUUCAAGUGCUGUGAAAACGAAAUCAAUUGAAGUUAAAGACAAAGUCAAAGAUUAUAUAGCUCAUACAUCAUUAGCUGAUGAUCAAACACUAAAACAUGUGAGCAAAAAAGAUAAAACUGAUAAUAUAUAUCGUCAAAAAAAUCAGUCAUCUGUGUUUACAAUCGAUGGAGAUGAUGAAAAUGAUACUCCUUCAACACGUCAAAAAGAACCACCAGAACUUGUUGAUAUUGAAUCAUGGUUUUUAAGAUCAGAUAUGUUAUAUAAAUAUGAAUGUCAAUAUAUUGAUGAAAAUAAUCAAAUGCAUCCAAGUUUGUUACUUGUAUCAUCGUCACACUUGUAUAUAUUACGUAAACUACGUGAUCAUAAAACAAUGGCCGAUGUUAUAUCACGACGUCCAUUACAAUCAAUUGUUAAAAUUACAAGUAAAAAGAAGUUUCCAGAAAUAAUAACAUUCCGCUAUUCUACACAACAACAACAGCAAGAUAGUACAAUGACAACACCAUCAUUAUCAUCCUCACUACAGAAUCCUAUAAUUGUGGAUUGUGAUAAAGUAUUUUUACCUGAUGCUGGUGAUGCAACAAAAAAUAUUAAAUUUUUAAUUGUAAAAGCACUUAAUUUGUAUGAUUUUAAUGAUAAGGAAGAACAGCAAACAUCAACGAACCAAUCUCUAACAACGGCCUAA